AUGUGGUACAGUAACUGCCGCACAGUCCACGACCCGGCAUUCUGCAUUGGGCCUCUUGUAGGCGGCGUGCUAAAACGCCACUGCCUCAUUUGCGGCGACAGCCAUGUAAUUGAGGACUGUGCGUAUAAGACCCCAACAUGGGUGUAUUACGUUCUCCUAUACUGUCGACAAGGCAGGUGUAUGGUGACUAUAAGGAUCGACUUGUCGCAUGUCCCCCUACAUCCCGUCUUCGAGACAGUGGCGUCACAGGGCAAAGGCUUUGCAACGGAGAACUAUCAACAAGCCCUGAAGAGAGCCAUACGACGAAACGAGAAGUUCGAUUGGAAGAGCCAAAAGGAUGCCACCCCUCAACUUCUGAUCAACCAGGCGGUUUCCGGGCUGUUGCCGACUGACCCAACUCGCAAGAAGUAUGGCCCGGAGGCCACCGCGGGGGGCAAGGACAACCGCUAUCACAUCGAGUAUGUGAAUGAGCGCCAAGAGACCGUACGACGGGUGAUGGGCGAAGACUUCCUUUUCGAGGUUCAGCCGCCCAAGAUCCGGCUGCCGGCGAGGACCCUCUACUUCCCUGAUCCCUUUUCUGGGCGGCCACCAGGGAUCUGA